UUCACAGCAGCAGUGAAAUAGUGCGGUGCGUGGUUUCACAGCAGAGCAUGAGAAGUGAGCCAGCUGUGCACUGUUUACAUUAACACCUGUAGUCCUGCGAGCCAGUGAUCCGCCUCUCCAUUGUAGUCGUGCGUCGAUUGUGCAACCACAACAUCACCACAGAGCUUCUCACGCGAGUCCUGCUCAAGAUCAAUCAUCUCCCCAGAUCAUUUCCAGUGCAGUUAUCCAACCUGCUAGGUCUGCUCCACAUACCUCUCAACCAGGAACAGCAACAAUGGCAGAUAAGACGGUGCUGAUUGUGUAUGCACAUCAGAGUCCGAAGUCUUUUAACUGUGCGGUGAAGGAUACGACUGUGAAGGCUCUCACCGAUCAGGGCUGUAAGGUCAUCGUGUCGGAUCUCUAUGCCAUGAAAUUCCGAGCUGUAGCAACAGCAGAUGAUGUCAAAGGUAAGCUGAAGAACCCUCAACACUUCCUCUACAACGAGGAGACCAUGCUCGCCUGGAAGGAGGGCAGACUGAGUGAUGACAUCAAAGAAGAGCACCGUAAACUGGAGCAAGCUGACCUUGUCAUCUUCCAGUUUCCACUUUACUGGUUCAGUGUCCCUGCUAUAAUGAAAGGCUGGAUAGACCGAGUGCUGACUCUGGGAUUCGCCUACACUCUGCAGAACCUCUACGACAACGGCAUGUUCAAGAAGAAAAAGGCCAUGUUGUCAUUCACUACUGGAGGAAUGGAGUCCAUGUACCUGCCAGACGGCCUCAAUGGAGAUAUCAAUGUUUCUCUGUGGCCCUUACAGAGUGGAGUUCUGCGCUUCUGUGGUUUUCAGGUUCUGGCCCCGCAGAUCUUCUGGAGUCCUGCGCACACUCCUGCUGAUGCGAGAGCGGCCUUGUUGGAGGUGUGGAAAACCAGACUUCAAGGACUGCUGGAUGAAAAGCCUCUGUCCUUUGCACCCACCGGGUUCUUUGAUCUCAACUUCCAGGCAGGGUUCAGACUCCGGUCAGAGGUGAAGGAGGAGUUUGCCUCUAAACCAUACGGCCUGACCACAGCACACCACCUGGGAAAACCGCUUCCUCCAAACAACCAGACCAAGGCUGAAUAAGGAGCCGUCCGAGCCGUCUGAUUAAACAAACCCCUGAAGAUACACGCCUUUGCAGCCGAGUCAUAAAUCUGCAGACUUGAAGAAUGCACACAACUAACCUGAAAUAUGAUGAUUUCAUUUUGAAACUUAUUUGCAAUUGAUCUAAGAUUAACCUUAUUUAAUACUUAAUUCAAAUAUAUAAACACUAAUUUCUAAAAACAGUACAGGCAACAAAUAUACUACUGUAACUUAACCUGUAUACAUGUUUGUGUAUGCAUGUUCUUAUGUUGACUUCUGUACACCUUUGAUCAGUAACGCAAUAAACCUUUGAACAAA